UCUCCUGCUCUCCGCUCCUUCGCACUCCGCGAUCGAAGCCGCCGCUGGGCUUCAGCUGCUCGGACUCCUUCCCACCCGGUGCCUCCGCUCGCCGGGGCCUCGAGGAGACAGGACCCCCCUUGGGCAGCGAGACCAUGAGGAAAUUCAACAUCAGGAAGGUGCUGGACGGCCUGACCGCAGGCUCGUCCUCGGCCUCGCAACAGCAGCAACAGCAGCAGCACCCGCCGGGGAACCGGGAACCCGAGAUCCAGGAGACGCUCCAGUCCGAACACUUCCAACUGUGCAAGACUGUUCGCCAUGGAUUCCCCUAUCAGCCCUCAGCCCUGGCCUUUGAUCCCGUACAGAAGAUCCUGGCAGUAGGAACUCAGACUGGUGCUUUAAGACUCUUUGGUCGUCCAGGAGUGGAGUGUUAUUGCCAACAUGAGAGCGGAGCUGCGGUAAUUCAACUCCAGUUCCUGAUUAAUGAGGGAGCCCUUGUGAGUGCCUUGGCUGAUGACACCUUACACUUGUGGAAUUUACGUCAGAAAAGGCCUGCCAUACUACAUUCACUUAAAUUUUGCAGAGAAAGGGUUACAUUUUGCCAUCUGCCUUUCCAGAGUAAGUGGCUCUAUGUGGGCACUGAACGAGGUAAUAUACAUAUUGUCAAUGUGGAGUCCUUCACACUCUCAGGCUAUGUCAUUAUGUGGAAUAAAGCCAUUGAACUGUCAUCUAAAUCUCACCCAGGUCCUGUUGUCCAUAUAAGUGAUAAUCCCAUGGAUGAGGGGAAGCUUUUGAUUGGCUUUGAAUCUGGAACAGUUGUCUUAUGGGACCUCAAGUCAAAGAAGGCAGACUACAGAUACACAUACGACGAGGCUAUUCACUCUGUGGCAUGGCAUCAUGAAGGAAAACAAUUUAUUUGCAGUCAUUCUGAUGGUACUUUGACCAUAUGGAAUGUGAGGUCCCCUGCUAAACCUGUACAGACAAUCACUCCUCAUGGAAAACAGUUAAAGGAUGGGAAGAAACCAGAGCCAUGCAAGCCUAUCCUCAAGGUGGAGUUCAAAACGACUAGAUCUGGGGAACCUUUUAUUAUUUUGUCAGGAGGCCUGUCAUAUGAUACUGUGGGAAGGAGGCCUUGCUUAACAGUGAUGCAUGGGAAAAGCACGGCUGUGCUGGAAAUGGACUAUUCUAUUGUUGAUUUUCUCACACUCUGUGAAACACCAUACCCGAAUGAUUUUCAAGAACCAUAUGCUGUGGUUGUUCUUCUGGAAAAGGAUUUAGUACUGAUAGACCUUGCACAAAAUGGAUAUCCUAUAUUUGAGAAUCCCUACCCUUUGAGUAUACACGAGUCCCCUGUUACAUGUUGUGAAUAUUUUGCUGAUUGUCCCGUGGACCUCAUUCCUGCACUUUAUUCUGUUGGAGCUAGACAGAAACGUCAAGGCUACAGCAAAAAGGAAUGGCCCAUCAAUGGAGGUAAUUGGGGCUUGGGUGCUCAAAGUUACCCAGAAAUAAUUAUUACAGGGCAUGCUGACGGGUCAGUUAAGUUCUGGGAUGCUUCUGCAAUAACUCUACAAGUACUGUAUAAAUUAAAAACGUCUAAAGUGUUUGAAAAGUCAAGAAGUAAAGAUGACAGACCGAAUACAGACAUUGUAGAUGAAGAUCCAUACGCCAUUCAGAUCAUCUCCUGGUGCCCAGAGAGCAGAAUGCUGUGCAUAGCUGGAGUGUCAGCACAUGUCAUCCUUUAUAGAUUCAGCAAGCAGGAAGUGGUGACAGAAGUCAUCCCGAUGCUUGAAGUUCGACUGUUAUAUGAAAUAAAUGAUGUGGAAACGCCAGAGGGUGAGCAGCCGCCACCUUUGUCCACCCCCGUGGGCAGCUCCAACCCUCAGCCCAUUCCUCCUCAGUCUCAUCCAUCCACCAGUAGCAGCUCAUCUGAUGGGCUUCGUGAUAAUGUACCUUGCUUAAAAGUCAGAAGCUCACCACUUAAACAGUCUCCAGGUUAUCAGACAGAGCUAGUUAUUCAGUUGGUGUGGGUGGGUGGAGAACCUCCACAACAGAUCACCAGCCUGGCACUCAACUCUUCCUAUGGACUGGUGGUUUUUGGCAACUGUAAUGGCAUCGCAAUGGUUGACUACCUCCAGAAGGCAGUACUGCUCAACCUCGGCACCAUUGAACUGUACGGCUCAAACGAUCCUUACCGGCGAGAACCCCGGUCGCCUCGGAAAUCACGACAACCUUCAGGAGCGGGCCUGUGUGACAUUACUGAAGGGACUGUCGUCACAGAAGAUCGCUGCAAGUCUCCAACUUCCGGUUCUUCAUCACCACACAAUUCAGAUGAUGAGCAAAAAGGGAAUAAUUUUAUAGAAAAGGUGAAGACCAAAAGCAGAAAGUUUUCCAAGAAGGUAGCCAGUGACCUAGCAAAGAUGUCAAGGAAAUUAAGCUUGCCAACUGAUCUAAAGCCCGAUUUAGAUGUAAAAGAUAAUUCCUUCAGCAGAUCGCGGAGUUCAAGUGUAACCAGCAUUGACAAGGAAUCCCGAGAAGCUAUCUCUGCUCUUCAUUUCUGUGAAACUUUUACUCGCAAGGCAGACUCCUCCCCCUCUCCCUGUCUGUGGGUGGGAACAACACUGGGAACAGUGUUCAUCAUCACACUGAACCUUCCCCCAGGGCCCGAGCAAAGACUCCUUCAGCCAGUGAUCGUGUCUCCAAGUGGUACUAUAUUGAGGUUAAAAGGUGCAAUCUUGAGAAUGGCAUUUCUGGAUGCCGCGGGCUGCUUAAUGCCACCUGCAUACGAACCCUGGAAAGAGCACAUCGUUCCCGAAGAAAAAGACGAAAAGGAGAAAUUGAAAAAGCGGCGACCUGUCUCAGUCUCCCCCUCCUCUUCUCAGGAAAUUAGUGAAAACCAGUAUGCAGUGAUAUGUUCUGAAAAGCAAGCAAAGGUAAUCUCACUGCCAACCCAGAACUGUGCGUAUAAGCAGAACAUUACUGAGACGUCGUUCGUGCUUCGUGGAGACGUUGUAGCACUGAGCAACAGUGUCUGCCUCGCCUGCUUCUGUGCCAAUGGCCACAUUAUGACCUUCAGUUUGCCAAGCUUAAGACCUCUGUUGGACGUCUACUACUUGCCCCUUACCAACAUGCGGAUAGCCAGGACCUUUUGCUUCACCAACAAUGGACAAGCAUUAUACCUUGUUUCACCUACAGAAAUCCAGAGACUCACCUACAGUCAAGAGACGUGUGAAUAUCUUCAAGAGAUGCUGGGUGAGCUCUUCACUCCUGUAGAAACGCCAGAAGCACCCAACAGGGGCUUCUUUAAAGGCCUAUUCGGAGGCGGUGCACAGUCUCUCGACAGAGAAGAACUAUUUGGCGAGUCCUCCUCAGGAAGGGCCUCGAGGAGCCUUGCGCAGCACAUCCCGGGUCCUGGUGGGAUCGAGGGUGUGAAAGGAGCAGCAUCUGGAGUGGUGGGUGAAUUAGCCCGAGCCAGGUUGGCCCUGGAUGAGAGAGGGCAGAAACUUGGCGACCUGGAAGAGAGAACUGCAGCUAUGUUAUCCAGCGCAGACUCGUUUUCCAAACAUGCUCAUGAGAUGAUGCUGAAAUACAAAGAUAAAAAGUGGUACCAGUUCUGACAACCAGAAUCCACUAAGACCAACUUCAGCCAGAAGGAGAAGGAAAUUUCCUUGUUGAUGUCAUUGGUAUCUUUGGGAAAGAUAACAUACAAGGGAUGUACACCACUGAGGACUGUUCUAUCCCAGCACAAUCAAGCACUGUUUUACCUCAGUCACAUGGCUUUACCUGAGAACUCACCCGCGUGCAAACCGGACGGAGCAUAUGGUGUGUGCUGGCUGUGAGUUGACAGACAGAGAACUUAGCGGGGUCACGUUGACAGAUGAAAACCACAAAGGGAUGUUGAGAAGUCCUGGUGGGCUGUUUCUUGGAUCAUUCCUGUAUUAAACUUUCAUAUGCCAAAAGAUUUUGUGCCGUUGUAUCUGCCGUCAGUGUUUGAUCCGAGGUAGGGAGAGGCAAUAAAUCCGAAGUUCUAAGUCCGAAA